UCUCUCUCUCUCUCUCUCUCUCUCUCUCUCUACACUGACUUCACACAAGACACUCACUUUGUCAAGAACCCUUUUCCAUCACUUUUCCUUUUACUCGAUUUCUUGCUCUCCUUCACUUUCGAUCUGAUCCCAAACGACUCUCCAGAGAGAGAAAGAGAGAGUGAUCGAGGGGGAAAAAAAGGAUCAUGAAGGAUACAGCUUACUACGAUGUUCUUGGCGUCACUCCCUCUGCUUCCGAGGAAGAGAUUCGCAAAGCUUAUUACCUCAAGGCAAGACAAGUUCAUCCGGACAAGAACCCAGGCGACCCUCAAGCUGCGGAAAAGUUUCAGGUUCUUGGUGAAGCCUACCAGAUUCUAAGUGAUCCUGUUCAUCGUGAAGCAUAUGAUCGGAAUGGGAAAUUCUCUGUUACCAAGGAAACGAUGCUUGAUCCGAUGGCUGUCUUCGCCAUUCUCUUCGGGAGCGAGCUUUUCGAGGAUUACGUCGGUCACUUGGCUGUUGCAUCAAUGGCUUCCACUGAAUUGGCAUCUGAAAGUGACAGCCCUUUUACGAUCCAUGAGAAACUGAGGGGUGUUCAGAGAGAAAGAGAAGAAACCCUAGCGAGGUUUCUCAGAGGCUUCCUGAAUCGAUACGUUCAUGGCGACAAGGAAGGAUUCACUCGCCAUGCAGAAUCUGAGGCCAAGAGGCUCUCUGGUGCAGCGUUUGGAGGCGAUAUACUGCAUACGAUCGGAUACGUAUACACGAGACAAGCAGCUCAAGAACUUGGGAAGAGAGCUCUCUACUUGGGAGUCCCAUUCUUGGCAGAAUGGGUCCGGAACAAAGGGCAUUCUUGGAAAUCACAGAUCAGCGCAGCCAAAGGAGCCUUUCAGUUACUUCAGCUGCAAGAAGAAAGUGGCCGGAAGUCGAGGAGGGAGGGAAGCGACAUAGAGACGCACAUUCAGUCGAACAAGGACACGCUCAUGAGUUCGAUGUGGAAACUCAACGUCGUAGACAUCGAAGUCACUCUCUCACAUGUCUGUCAGAUGGUUCUGCGCGAACACAACGUGAGGAAGGAAGAGCUGAAAUCUCGAGCCAUCGCUCUGAAGAUCCUCGGCAAGAUAUUUCAGCAAGAAAAGGAAUCAAAGGGCGGAGAAUCGUCGAGAAGAUCGGAUGACGACGAUGGAAGCAGUUCCGACAGCAGCAGCGAUGACGACGACGACUACUCAUCGCAACAACUCUCUUACAGAACUCCCCUGCUUACUCAGGGAAUUGGUAGGCUAUUCAGGUGUCUCUGCAACCCAGCAUUCGACGUUGAUGAUGAUGAGAUCGUCUACAAAGGGAAAUGAUCAUCUCCACAAUCCAUAUCACAUGCAUGCAGAUGCUUACAUAUAUACAUAUAUAUGUAUAUAUAUUAUUUUACUUCUUUAUUUUUCUUUUGGGUUGCUUCGAGAAAUUUAUAAUCUUUUUAACUUUUGGUCUGUUGGGUUUUGAGAACGAGAAGUAUUAUUCGUUAUAUGAUUUGUGAUAAAUGGACCAAACCCAAAUUAUUAUUUAUUUUUUUA